UGGGGGGCUGGUUGUCUCUCUCUCCGCUGUACAUUGGGGGGUAAUUGAGUUCUCCAGGGUGGGGGGCAGGAGACCCCCAGCUGCUCUCUCCCCCCCUCUCUGAGCCCCACGAGAGCCCGUCCCGUCUCAGAAGGCGGGACCUCACCCGCCUGGGCUGCUGUGUCAUUUUUAGCGUCUCUGCCCCCCCCCCUCCUGUUCUCUGUCUCUCGGAGCCACCCAGCAAGUUGGGGCGGACCCACGGCCGGCUAGAUCUGGGGGAGCUCGCUGUGCUUCAACCCCCCCCUCGAAAUUUGCCAAGGGUCCGCCUGGCACCGCAUGUGGGGGCCCCCCCAAAUUUCUUGCCCAGCUCUAGGUCAGGAGCUCUUGUGCCCGGGAUGGAUUUUGCCACCCUUGGGGGGCAGGAGAUAACCCCCCAUUUCCUGGAGCCCCCCCUCCUGCCGCCGGCCGAUGAAUCCGCGGUCUUCUUCCACGGAGCUGAGGGCGGGGACCCCGGGGCGCUCGCUACCUACUUCUCCCGGACGCCGGAGUCCUACCGCAGCACGCCGGCGCGCCCCAUGUACCCCCUCCUCAACGGGCUGCAGUGGGUGGACGGGCACCCGUACGCCACGGCCGGCUGGACCCCCGUCUCCUACGGCAAGCCCCAGGCCGGGGUCCCCCUCUAUCCGGCUCCCCCCUCCUCCUCGUCCUACAGCCCCCCCUCGCCCAAGGAGCAGCCCCCCGAGGACAAGGGCAGCCCCAAGUUCCUGGAGAUGCUGAAGACGGAGCCGAUGAGCCCCUCCACCACCGAGCUGCUGACGUUGGGGACCCCUGCCGGGGCCCCCCACCCCGCCUACACCGGGACCCCGGAGUUUGGGUUCUACCAGCCCAGCGGGAGCCCCCUGACGGCUGGGUACUCCCCCAAACUCAGGGGGCCGCUGCAGCUGUCCCCAUGCGAGGCGCGGGAGUGCGUGAACUGCGGGGCCACGGCCACCCCCCUGUGGCGCCGGGGCACCGGGCACUACCUGUGUAACGCCUGCGGGCUCUACCACAAGAUGAACGGGCAGAACCGGCCGCUCAUCCGGCCGAAGAAACGCCUGAUCGUCAGCAAGCGAGCGGGCACCCAGUGCAGCAACUGCCAGACGACCACCACCACCCUCUGGCGCCGCAACUCCAGCGGGGAGCCCGUCUGCAACGCCUGCGGCCUCUACUACAAACUGCACAACGUCAAUCGCCCCCUGACGAUGCGGAAAGACGGCAUCCAGACCCGGAACCGCAAAGUCUCCGGCAAGGGCAAGAAACGCCGGGGGGCGGCUCCGGGCGAGGCUGGGCCCCCCACCCCACUCGAACUGCUCUCCCCCCUGGGCGAGGACCCCGGCUCCCUCUACGUCCUGUCCAGCCACCUGCUCCCCUUCUCCCCCUCCACCCACCUCCUCGGGCCCCCCCCAGCCGCCUACCAUCCCCCCCACGCCUCCCCGGGGGCAGGCGCCUCGCUGGGGUGA